GGAAGUGUUGCUAACUAGCAUAGCAUGCUAAUGAAAAUACGCUGGGGAGCUGCCUGGGGCGGCUGUGGACUUUGGUUCAGUAAUAACAGCAGAUUCAGAAAAUAAAACUCUUGAUAUUACAUAUACGUGGUGAUGGCGUGGUCUUGUGUACUGCCUGCGUUACGUGUGUGGAGAUGGUUUUAACAGAUGCUCUUCUGGAGGACUCGGGAACACUGCACUGGCCUGGAGAAACCUCUUAAGCAUACAUAACACACUUCGAUACAAAAGGAUAAACAUCAGUAUAGCCCUGCUACAACUGUGCAGUAAUAGAGGACACUGACACGUGGACUAGACAAAGUUCUUCUCAAGGAUAAAAGUGUUUUUUUUUUUGUUUUUUUUUUACCACAGUACUGCUAGAGCCCAAGCUUCUCUCCAUUUUUUUUAUUUCUUCCUGUCUGUCCCAUCUUCACCGCCACCAUGCCAAGCACCAUCCGCCGGCAGAUGAAAAACAUGGUCAACAAUUACUCUGAUGCCGAGAAGAAGGUCAGAGAGGCUACGUCCAACGACCCCUGGGGCCCGUCGUCUUCGCUCAUGUCCGAGAUCGCGGACCUCACCUACAACGUGGUGGCCUUCAGUGAGAUCAUGAACAUGAUUUGGAAGCGGCUCAACGAUCAUGGGAAGAACUGGCGCCACGUCUACAAAGCCCUCACGCUCCUCGACUACCUGAUAAAGACGGGUUCAGAGAGGGUGGCGUUGCAGUGUAAGGAGAAUAUCUUCGCCAUCCAGACCCUGAAGGACUUCCAGUACGUUGACAAAGACGGCAAAGAUCAGGGCAUCAAUGUCAGGGAGAAGAGCAAGCAGUUGGUGGUCCUACUCAAAGAUGAGGAACGCCUUAAAGGAGAGAGGUCUCAGGCUUUGAAGACUAAGGAGCGUAUGGCCCAGGUGUCCACAGGGAGCACUCAGAUGGGUUUUGGCCGGGGCUCAUCCCAACCCAACCUCUCCACAUCCUACAGCGAGGAAUACGGCAGAUCAGAGGGCUCCCCUGCCUCCUACCAUGGCUCAACAUCUCCCAAUGCGGGUUCAGAGUUGGAACAGGCUAGACCUCAAACCAGUGGAGAAGAGGAACUACAGCUACAACUUGCUUUGGCCAUGAGCAGAGAAGCUGCAGAGCAGGAGGAGCGCCUGCGCAGAGGUGACGACCUGAGACUACAGAUGGCCUUGGAGGAGAGUAAAAAAGAAGAUCCAGGCUCAGCAAAGCUGCCCAAGAAGAAGAAGGAGCCACAGUCAUCUUUGAUGGAUCUAAUGGAUGUCCCUGAGCCAGGUGCCAAGGCUGACCCCUGGGGCAUGGGGGGUGGAGCUAGAGCUGGAGCUGCAGCUGCAUCAGCAGACCCGUGGCAGCCUUAUGGAUCUGCCCCUAAACCAUCAGUGCCAGCAGACCCAUGGGCUGCUCCUUCAUCUCUGCCUGCCAUGAAGGCCAGCGACCCCUGGGCCAACUCCAGUCCUGCAUCUGAUCCGUGGGGUUCUGGAGCUGGCCGGUCUAAGACCUCCAACACAGCUGAUGGGGGCAUAACGUCCUCUCUCCCCUCCCAAGUCAGUCUGGCUAGUAGCGGCAGCCUGGAUCUCUUUGACCCUCUUCCCGCCUCUACUUCAAUCUCCUUAAACCCAACUAGAAAGACUCCAGAGUCCUUCCUGGGGCCCAACGCCGCGCUGGUCAAUCUGGACUCUCUGGUGACCAAACCAGCGCAGCCUCCACCAGUCGUUAACCCAUUCUUGGCUACUACAGGUGGCCCUGCUCCAGCUCCGACUGCCAACCCGUUCCAAGUGAGCCAGCCGGUUCCUCCUACACUCAACCAGAUGCGUGUCAGCCCGAUGCCCUCUGGCUUCGGUAGCAUUGCGGAGCCCAUGCCCCUGGCCUCCGUGCCCGCUCAGCCCGUUGCCAUGGUCCCCCUGGCGGGGAUGGCCCCAAUGGGCCGGGGAAUGCCCGGAUUGGGAGCCGGUGGUGUAGGCGGAAGCGCAGGGAUCCCACCCUCUAUGUCAAUGCCUCAACCACUGAUGAGCAUGCCCCCCCAGGCAGGGGCACAACCCGCCGGAACCACCAACCCCUUCCUUUUGUGAAAGGAUUAGUCAGGGGAAAAAACCUACUUCUUCUUCAUUUGCUCCUUAAGAAGCUUCAACAUGAACUAAGAGAUAUCCUAUCCCAUGUAACCAUUUAUAAGCCACUCCCAGCCAGGCGCCCUACUAAAUGACCCCACUUCCUGACUCCUUUCUGCUCUUCUGCUCCUCAGCUACAAGCUGCCUAGUCUUGUGAGUUCCAGUCUGAAUCUAAUAUGGUGCUGGUGACCACAAAGGUUUUGUACUUGUCUGUAGACUUUAGAUUCUCCACUGGGGUGGGACUGGACCCAGUUUCAUCCGUUCUUCCUCUUGUUAAGCUGGCUCCUCACCCUUUAGACCGCUCCUCUCCUCUUUUGUGAUGGGGUGACAGUAGUCAGCCUGUACUAAUUCACAGAUCUUAUCUGGUCUCUAGAACUAAUCUUUUAUAAGCCCCAUCAGUUGUAGUGUGUCUGUUUGAGUGCACAUCUCAGUGCUUUUACACUGUGUAUAUUCCAGUGAGUUUAACUCUAACUCGCUGGAUCAAGGAUGAGAGAUGUUUAUACUCCCUGCAUGUAUGUUGUGUUUAUUACAAAGCAGGAAUUUUGCACAAUUUUUGCUUUUUUGUUUUGUUUUUCUUUCAUCGACUGUUGGACUCACCGUUACACCUUAGCUCACAGAGGAAGUCUGAUUAAACAAACAAGGCACACCCUUAUACUGCCUUGGCUCUUGGUACUACUCAGUCCCAACCCUUCAUCUUCCCCUUGGACCUUUUUUCCAACCUUCCACAUGACCCCUGAAAGGUCACAACCUUAAACAUGAACACUCCCCAGGAGGAAAUGGAACUGCUCAUUUUAGUCCUAAAAGACUGCAGAGAGGCGAGAAAAGAUGUUUUUUUUUUAUAUAUAUAUAUGUACGUGCUCGUAUGCUGGUGUACUGUUACUGCUCAGAUACUAACGACCACAUGUCAAACCAUUUUCUACUGCUUCUCCAUCCCAGUCAUGAUUUUUAGAAGAGAAGAUGAAAAGUGUCAGUAUUUUCUGAAUGGAACAAGUGGAUGCAGCCGUGAAACAAAUUUUUUUUUUCUAGGGUUUCUAGGGUCAAAGGGAUGAGGGAAUAUGUGUGAGUGUGCAUUUAGCCUCCAAGUGUACUUUACUGGGCAAGUUUUUUUUUUUUUUUCUGAUUUCACCCCGUUAGAAUUUGCAACCCAAAACAAAGGUCAUUUUAGUUAACUUAUUAGCCUUAAGUUGGUUUUUGGCGAAGAGGUCUCAGCAUUGCGAAGAACCUUUAUCACCAACAGGAUUUUUUCUGUGGUCAAUCGGUCUCUUGGAACAUCCAUCAGUGCUGUCUCUAACACACACAGUUUCACAUAGAACUAUGGGUAGCGCAGGCGAGUCCCCACAGCAAACGGCAACGUAAGGCAACGGUUGUUUCUUCUGUUGUCCUUUUUGUUAUUUACCAGUUAGAAAAGCCGUGCAUCAUCUUGGUUCUGUAAUUGCGCCAUUCUCUUUCUUUCAUUCUGGUUUUGUUUUUGGUUCCCUCUAUGGGUAGGUCAUGUUACUCUCUUCACUUAGAAGCACAACUAGUCAUAGUGACUGUGAUGUUUGAGGACAAGUGGAAAAAGUUGGAACAGUAAGGUAACACUUCACUAGCAUUACGUUUAUUUGCUUGUUUGUUUAUUAAUAUCCAUGAAUUAAGAGGUUCUAUGAUGAAAUGGUUUUAUAACUGUGCUAAUUUACAACUUUGUCAAGUGUUUGUGUAAUUAAACUGUUACUUAUGGCUGAUUAUCA